AUGCAGCACCGCCAGGCCUUCAAGGUCGUCCCCUCGACGCCCAACUUCACCGUCGACUCGUCCGACUCGCCCUUCUCGACCCUCCCGCCCGACGCGCAGCUCCCACAUGCCCCUUCGCCGCCGUCCUCCGUUCACGACCCGACACCUCGCGCGUCUCCCGCUGGCGGACUGUCGAGCUCGUUGAAUGGGCGGGAAAGACCGGCGGAUGGGUACCGAGACUCGUCGAGCGAGUUCUUUGCCGGCAGCGCGGGGGAAAAGUACCCGCCUCUGCGGCGAGACGGAGGAAGGGGAACGGAAGUCGAUGGCUCGUCGACGGUACACCUUCCGCUGCUGAGCUCGUCAGGAGAAGACGACGACUUGGCGGAGAACACGUUCCACCAUUUCUCGCGGAGCGGGCGAGGCGGGCGCGGGCCAGGUGCAAGCUGGUCGGGCAUGUUCUUGCAGAACGGGCGGGGGCGGAUACACCCGCUCUUGCUCGUGCCGGCCUUCUUGUUGGGUAUUGCGCUAGCGGGUACGGGCGCGAUGGGCCCGCUGAUGCGAGGAGCGAGUCGAAGCGCUAUGAGCCGCCUUUCGUCUACCACGUCUCUCUUCUCCGCCUCAGGCAGCCCAAACUACACCCUCCACUCCUCAGGCCACCUCUACGUCUACCCAUCCGCCCUGCACCCCGCAAGCGACACCUCCAUCUCCUCCUCCGCGUCCGACCCCAGCCAACACACGAUGCGCCACCCCAUACACGACCUUAUCGCGAAUGCGACGAAGAUGUGGGAGGACAAGUUGCAGAGGCAAAGUAAGACGCUGGAGGAGGCGGUCAGGGAGUACAAGAGGAGGUUUGGGCGGAGACCGCCAAAAGGAUUCGAUGACUGGUUCCGCUUCGCCAAAGAGAACGAUGUCAUCCUCGUCGACGAAUUCGACCAAACCUUCACCGACGUCCUUCCCUUCUGGGCUCUCUCUCCCACUAUCCUCCAACAACGCGCCUCGAAGCUCCAAAUCGACUCGUCGACAUUCACGAUGGUCAUCCGCAAGGGAGUGGUCGAGAUUGCCGGUGCGCACGCGAAGGACGGGAGGGCGAAAGAUCAGGCGGCGUUGAUGAAGAGGUGGGCGAGGUGGGUCCCGGAUGUCAACAUCACGAUGUCGGCACACGAUGGGCCGAGUAUCAUGAUGGACCAUGGGACGAGGCAGAGGCAUCUCGACUAUGCGAAGGCGGGCAAGCUCAUACCUGACGCCGAGGCCGACAACGUUGACGAAGAUGCAGCCUUCUGGGGCUUCCCGCUCGCAUGUCCUCCCGACUCUCGUCUGCGCCGAGCGUACGACGGCCUCGAGAUCGACACGCUUCCGCACGGACCGAGCUUCAUCGCCGACCACCUGCAGACGAUGAACAUGUGCGAGAACCCCGAGUGGCAGUACUUGCAUGGCUUCACGUCGUGGCCCGGCAUGCGCCCGCAAACCCUCCGCCCGCUCUUCUCGUUCGCCAAAAUGUCGGUCCACUCGGACCUGCUCCUGACGCCGCUCGAGCAGUACUGGGACAUCGAACCCUGGGACCCGAAGUGGGAGGACAAGCCUCACAACAAGGCCGUCUGGCGCGGGACGACCACAGGCGUCUGGUUCGACCGCGGGACGUGGUGGAGGUCUUCUCAGCGCGUGCGGAUGUGGUUCAUGGGCAAGGACAAGGUCGGCGAGCAGCGCGUACGCUUUUCGGGCGAGGGACUCGAGACGCCGCGGGGGACCGAGAGCCUCGUCGAGAAGAAGGUCAAGACGAUCGAGUUGAUGGACAAGUACAUCGACUUUGCGUUCACGGGCAAGGCGGGUCAGUGCAGCGAAGAGGACGGAAGUUGCGACGCUGUUCGCAAGCUGUUCGACUUCCAGCGCGCGUUCGGGUGGAACGAGGCGAACGAGUACAAGUACAUGCUCGACCUCGACGGGAACGCCUGGAGCGGACGCUUCCAUCGCCUCCUCUCGACCAACUCGGUCGUUCUCAAGAGCACCAUCUUCCCCGAGUGGUACGCCGGCUGGAUCCAGCCUUGGGUUCACUACAUCCCGCUGAAGAUCGACUACACCGACCUCUUCGACAUCAUGUCCUUCUUCGCCGGCGACCUCGACGGCCGAAACGGCCACGACGCGCUCGCGAAGCAGAUUGCGGACAACGGGAAGGAGUAUGCGACCAAGUAUUGGCGGUAUGCGGAUAUGGAGGCUUACUUCUUCCGUCUCGCGCUGGAAUGGGCGAGGGUCAGCUCACCGGAUCGCGCGGCGAUGGACUACACAGGACCGGGCGCAUGA